UAUCCACUGUCGAUAGAGCCUUGGUUCCGUGAGUAAUCGAGAUUUCUAAGUGAUCUCAGUUACGAUCUGAACUGGCGCGCCAUUAAUGAAUGAUAGGAAAUAGAAUGGACGGAAAGUUAAAGCAACCACGAGCGGAGGUCUUUUCCUCUGAAAGCAAUGGAAGAUGGUGCAGUUUUUGAGGCUGGAGAGCGUUAUAAGGCUGCAAGAGAGAGAGUCAUUGAUCCUAUGUGCUCAGCGAUGAUGGGGAGAAAGAGGUGGGUGUUGGAGACGAUGCUUAUUGGGUUAGCGUGCGCCGUUGAUCUCAUUGGGGUUUCAGGGGACGUCGGCACAGCUACAUCAUACGGUCCUCCAUAUCUACCGACGAAGUGCCCCGGCUACACCCAGGAUCAGCUGCCUGGGAACGGCCAUUUUGUGGCGGCAGGCAGUGGCAUAUGGGACAACGGCGCCGCCUGCGGCAGAAGGUAUCUGCUGCGGUGCCUGAGCGGCCUCCGACGGCCGUGCAAGGAUGGCUCGAUCGUCGUUGAGGUCGUGGAUUUCUGCAGGCACAGCCCGUGUCCUUCCACCCUGGUGUUGUCCACCAGAGCCUUCGACGCCGUCUCCAAAAUCCCAAACACCAAGAUAAAUGUCGAAUACGCACAAAUAUGAUCCGGUGGAGGUGCCGCGUGAAGGAGCAGCUGAACUCAUGGAAAUAGCUUGGAGAAUGAGCUGAAGGAGGCGCGAUACGAAGAAGCUGCUCAACCAGAGCUCUCUUCGGUCUCAUGUUUGCACGACUACUUGAAGUUAGUUGAGCUACUUCUCAAGCUUAGAUUAGCAGAAGAAUUCACUUGCAGAUAUGUUCAUUACUGGUCUUUGUUAGUUGGAUCUCCGAGGUUUAGUAACAAUGUAUCGGGUAUGCUAUCUUGUAGUUAUAUUGUUGUUUGUUACUCGUAGUGUCGGUGCUAUGAUGUAAAGAUCAACUACCGAUAGUUGCAUGAUAAAUGA